AUGAUGAUGCCGUCGCAGGAUAAAUUUUACGACUCCCGCGGCUACUCCCCUACACCGUUCGAAGAGCUCAAAACGCAACUCGCCUACCUGAAAAGCAAACAGCUCUCCGAGACGGCCACCAUGAAGUUGUUAUCGAUUUUAAAGAUGCUUGCCCAAAUGCACGUAUUCCUCGGCAUCAUCAUGGUCGUGAUGUCAGCGCUGGCAGAUUACAUCUCUUCCCGAAUCAACACCGUUCGAUUCCAUGGCCUUUUGGAAGUGUGCUCCUUUUAUUUUGUGGUUAUGGGAAUUGUUGCCCUCCUCGGGGCUGCAUCGUAUCGUCGUGGACUUGUCAUCGCGACGGUGGUGAUGAGCAUUCAUGCUAUUCUAAUUCUUGUCCCCGGCAUCGUGAUCGUCUCCAGCUUUGAUAUCCAUUUCUUUAAGCAUGAGUGCUACGGUGCCUGUGAUUGGCAUCUCCUCUCCGCCUCACUACCCGAUAACAGUCGAUGCCAAAUCUUAUGCGGCGAGAUUGUGGAUGGGCAUCAUAAGAGCAUGAUGACCCGUCUCGGCACGGACUAUCGAUUAGACGCUGGGAUCAUCGGUUUGGCCGGGGCUGAACUCCUCGUUGCCAUUGCUUCACUCGUUGUCUCUUCGCGAAUCAUUUGCUGUGAAGUUAUUCCGGACCCGCCAGCCGUCGAGAUGGAGCCGCUGAACAGCGAGGGAAAGGAAAUGAUCGAGAUCUCCACUCAA